GAUUCACUUCACGCAUUCCACAGAACCCUACUAUGGAUAUAAUCGCGCCUUUCACUUUUCUGAGAGGUUGCGUGAUAUUGUUCCCCUUGAGGCGACCUUAACACAUGAAGAGUACGUUGAAAUAACGCGUCCUUUGCGGGUUCGCUGCGUAGAAUGCCUGAACAAGCUGUUUGAACACACUGGAAUUCAUGUUAAGGAUAUUGACCAUGUGCUGCUCGUCGGUGCCAUGACGCGGGAUCCUCCUGUUCGACGCAUGCUGUCGGAGUAUUUUGGAUGUCCUGUUUCCGCAGAGGAUACCUGUCCGGCAGAUUACGCCGUGGCUAUUGGCGCCGCCAUUCGUGGAGCAAUGUUACAAGACAAGUUUCAUGAUUUAUCGGCGAACACACGGUUUUUAAGCGGCACAGCACAGGCAAUGCGGCAUGGCGGAACUGUCCGUCGUAUUUGGAAUCGAAUGAACGCAUGGAUUACACGGUCUGUGAAUCCCAAUGCGAUUGGCCAGCGUUGGCGUGGUCGUGCAAAGGGUCUGAGUGAUGAAGACAUUGCCAACUAUGCGAAGGAACUGGUGGAGUUUGAGAGUGCAUGUCAUCGCCGUUUGUUACUGGAGCGAGCGGAGAACGAUGCCAACUUUGUUAUGCGCCGUGUGACGGCAGAUUCUAACAAACGGCAGGGAAUGCAAGAGAAGCGUGUAAGGCAGUUGAGUGAGCAGCUCAAGUUCUGGCAGUACAUGGUGCACAACUUUCACGAUCACGAGGAGGAGCUGCAACGUACCGUGAGAGAGUUGGAGCAGACGCUGGAUGAGCUGGAGGGCAAUGCGGAAGACAACGUCUCCGCACUCACGACUGAAGGGACGGUCAACUUUGCCAAGGCGAUCCCCGUCAAUCAUUGCGGUGAGGAGGAUAACGCGAAAAGUACGCCAGGUUCUAAUCCAGCAGAAUCAAUAGCAAAAACGGAAACGCCAAAGGCAACAUCAACAUUAGAGCCAGACAAGGCAAAAAACGAUCAUGGAGGACAGAAGGCAAAGCCAAAAGGUCCCAAAAUUAUACGACGUCCCGUUCCGCUACCAAAGACAAGUGCCGAGGCCCAGGAACUUGUAGAAGCGGGUCAUCCCGUUUUGCGUGGUGCGGAUGUCGUCAUGACAGAGUCCACUCGCAGCUACUUUUUUGAGGCACAGGUGGAGGAACGUGCGUGGCGAGAGCCGCCGACACCACCAGGCGAAGAAGGCUCCUGGCAAGAAGUAAAGCGUGCAGUUGAGGCUGGUGAGGCGGUGGGAAGUCCUAUUUCCCCACAAGAAAUGCAGCGGCCCAUGACUCAUGAAGAGAUGUUGGAGGUGAUACUAGCAAUGGCGCCGAUUGACGAUCCAAUAAGUGAGGAUCACGCGAAAAGGCGUGACCUUGCACUUGAUUUGCAGACCAUGACAGUUGUGAAGGGUAUGGUGGACAUGGAAGAACUGGAGACUCAAUUGAAUGAGAAUGCCAAGGCACAAGAGCAGUGUCAGAGGACACAGAAGAGAGCGGAGAUGAGUACUCCAGCCGAUACCUCGGCCAGCCUCUUUAGAGGGGACCGAAGUGUGUCCAUGUAG